GCUGGAUACUCUGGUAAUAAUAAUAAUAAAAAGCCCCUAGCCGGUGGAUGGGGACGGAGUCUACGGAUCGAGACCAGGAUUUAUUAAUGUGCAAAUAGCUCUGAUAUGAUCACGUACUUUCUGCUUUGCAUACGCAGGGAGCAGCGUGGGCUGAUGGAGUAGGAAUUAGCCUGAGCGAUCUUUACGAGCUGAGAUCCUGCACAUCGCAGAAGGGUUUGUUUCUCUGUGCAAAUCCUGGGACCCCGUUAGAAACCUGCUUUAAAAACCGAGUGACCAAAAUACCCAAAUGCACCAGACUUCUCCAUGAACUCGCCAUGAAUGUAUUUUUCAUUUUUUUUGACAGAAACCUGUGUGUACCUUUCUCUGGAGGAACUGAGGAAUUUUGUAGUUGUUCUUAUAGUAUUUUAAAUCUGAGAACCCACUAGUCUUUUCUGCAGUGAUGAGGGAGUGACAAUUGAAGUUCCUGCCAGCGUACGUGGAGACUGCGAGCAGCUAACACCCACAGCCGAGCCCCCGAUGGGACUAGGGCCGAGCUCCUGCACUCCUGACAGGGAUGAAGACUCUCAGCUCUGAUCCCACCCGAGACGAUUUAGCAGCAGCAGAGACCCCAGCUGUGGAGCACGCGCCCCCAGCCACCCCAGGACGGAGGGGCUGCAGCGCUGGAGAGUUACUAUGCAGCUUGGACUGCUUGUGGUGGUGGUUUUUCUAAGCUCGAUGGAUCUAACAGGCAGCAGCAAAGUGGUGAAGGGCAAGAGGCAAAGACGAAUCAGCACCGAGCUGAGUCAGGGCUGUGCCAGAGGCUGUGACCUGUGCUCUGAGUUCAAUGGGUGCCUGAGGUGCUCCCCCAAACUCUUCAUCCUUCUGGAGCGGAACGACAUCCGACAGAUUGGGAUUUGCCUGCCCUCUUGUCCACUGGGAUACUUUGGCCUUCGCAAUACGGACAUGAACAAGUGCAUCAAAUGCAAAAUUGAGAACUGUGAGUCCUGUUUCAGUCGAAACUUUUGCACAAAAUGUAAGGAAGGUUUGUAUUUGCACAAAGGGAGAUGUUACGUCACGUGCCCCGAAGGCUACGCUGCUGCCAACGGCACCAUGGAGUGCAGCAGUCCUGCACAAUGUGAAAUGAGCGAGUGGGGGCCCUGGGGGCCCUGCUCCAAGAAAAGGAAGCUCUGUGGCUUCAAGAAGGGCAACGAGGACCGAACCCGGCGGAUUCUGCAGGCUCCCUCUGGGGAUGUGUCUCUGUGUCCUCCAACCACAGAGGUGCGGCGCUGCACGGUGCAGAAGAGCCAGUGCCCCGAAGGGAAAAGGAAGAAAAAGGAAGAGCAAGGAAAGCAAGAUAAUGGGAAUAGAAAUUGGAAAGACACCAAAGACACUAAGUCUGGCACCAAGAAGAGGAAGAACAAACAGAGAGGGGCCACUCUGACCGCGACGGCCGCUAGCCCUGCCCAGUAGCUGGCCCUGUGUG